AUGCUCCGGAUUUGGACAAACGCUUUCAUCCUUUUAUUGUUUUCUGGGGCCAUUUUUGCAUUUAAGCUAUCCCUUGCCCCAGAAUACAAGGAUAUAAAAAUAUGUCGAAGCAGGAAUAUUGAUUGCCGCAACUCGAUGAAUCCUAAAACCUUACUUGCAUACUAUAAAAGACAGUAUUCUCAGUGCACACAUAUUAUAGGCAAUCUUGUUUUGUGCAACUUAAAACGACUAGAGGAUGGUAGUGAUCCUGAUCUCUCCUUCCUGAAUUCAAUUCGAGAAGUAUCCGGCUAUGUUUAUAUAGGCAAUAAUGAGGUGAAACGGAUACCACUCAUCUCAUUACGGAUCAUUCGUGGACGCGUACCAUAUCACGUUGGAAAUGUCGGUGAUGGAGCCCUAAUUGUGACUCGCAAUGCCAAAAAUUACACUCAUGGAUUGGAAGUUUUGGAUCUUCGUAGUCUUGCCGGUGAGAUUUGUUGUGCCGCAAAUACAAUAAAGUUGAUACAGGAGCACAAUAUAAUAGCAUGGGACAAUCCAAUGCUAUGCCACUUCCAAUACACCGUCGACUGUCCACAGCUCUUCGUGGAUGUGAAGAAUCAGAGACGACUGAGUGUCUCUAAGGAGAAUCUCAUAUCUGGCAGUGGCUGCGAUUACGAAGAGGAGGUGGAAAUCGGAGGACGACGAGGCAGAGGAGGAGAUUGGGUUGAGCAUAAAGCCACGAUCACAUCGACCAUCACAUCAGGCCGCCAAACGGACACUUGCAACCCGGUUUUUGGAAAAUGCAUCCGUCUCAGCGCUGUUGUUGUUGCUGUUGGUGGAGCCGCUGUUAAUGUUAUUGUUGUUACAGCUGCAGCAUCUUGCACUCUACCAACAGUUGUCCGGCCUUUGAACGAGCAGAUUGAUUGGGAGUAUACAGGGCAUCGAGGUUGCAUGGGUUCGGAGUUCGCUUCCUCUUCAGGAGCCACCGUCGUCCGCUCAGUCUCGAGGCUCUGGCCUCGGGAUGAGCCCAGGCCCUCUGACGUCAAAUGCCGUCUAGACGGGAGUCUAGAGUACACUGGAGGCAGACAACUCAACCUUAGUGAAAACAGGACCAGCAUUGCUCCUGGGAGCAUUGUGGGGCGUAUGGAAUUUGUCUCUGUCGCAAAUCUGAGCGAUUCCAAGUAUCCACUACUGGUGCCUAGUCGACUCUUCGAUGUUCAAGUCCUUCGAGGCAACACGACCUGUCAUAGUGCCUGCUCCGAGAAUGACGAGAAGGGGCACUGCUGGGGACCGGAGAAGAAUCAGUGUCAACUUCGUUCAAAAUGUACCAAGGAAUCCACCACGUACUGCCGUUUGGACAACCCUUUCGAACGGAUAAAGUGUGAUGAUGCCUGUAUUGGCGGUUGCAAUGGUAGCACCUCGAAUUGUUGGGCGUGUCGAUCCAAGAGGAAUGGCGACACCUGUGUGAGCUUCUGUCCCCCACGCCACCAUGUGAACCCGACGACGAGUCGACAGGAGCUGAAUCCCGACUUCAAGUACGAGCUGCAUGACAUCUGUGUGAGACAGUGUCCAGGCAAAAUUACUUGCCUACCCGAGCUAACUUCCCCCUCUUUCUUCAUUUCAGAGCCGCUGUUGAAGAUGGACACGGUGUGCGUGAUUGAAUGUGACUUCAAAACAACCAUACCAGUGAAUGGCAGUUGUGUUCCCUGUGCAAAAACUCCAUGUGCUAAUCAUUGUGAACAGAAGGAUAUUUUUGGUUCGCGAUUUCCCUUGAUGACAUCUGAGGCUGCAAAGCGGAUGAGCCAGUGUGUCUUCUAUUCAGGCGCUAUCUACAUCAAUAAGGAUUCAUUCAAGGUAACAUUAAAGCGACCAGGCCUCCAAAUUGAAGAUCUCUGGAAUCUGCAUAAUAUACGCGAAAUUGUGGGCUACAUUUACCUCGAUUUGGAUGCCUCCUCACCGGAGUUGAGAAAUUUGACAUUUUUGGAGAACCUCUACAAAGUUACUACUGAAUUUUCUGAUGGAGUAUCGUUGGAUCAACCUCUGGUGAUAUAUCAUUCAAAGUAUUUGGAGUUUUUGGGACUAAAAAGUCUUCGCUAUAUGGACAUGACCGCCUAUUUGGAGGCGCUGCCAUCUUUGUGCUAUACAAGCGCUCUGGAGAAGAUUCUUCCUGUUCGAACUAAGGGAGUCAAGGAUCCAGCCACUUGCACCGCCAUUGUCUGGGAAAAAGUUCAUUUUGUACGUUUUCUACAAACCGAGAGAAAGAGGAAAAAAGAAGUUGAUUUCCUCUACACAACGGCAUUCAAAUGGAACCACAUCAAGGCACCUCGAUUGGAUCGCAUCACUACACUGCUCGCCGAUUUGGUCCGAUUUCAGUACCACCUCCAGGAAGGCCACGUGUGUCACAGUGAAUGCCUCCCCGAAGCAGGUUGCUGGGGUCCUGGGCCCGCAAUGUGUGCCCACUGCUGCACCUUCGAAGCCGACGGUGUCUGUGUCUCCGAUUGCUCUGAGGCACCCGGGUUCUACCUCCCCCCGAGCUCUGCUGUCUCCACGCUCACGUCGAAAUUUCGUUGUCACACGUUGCCACUUUCAAUGAAACAAGUGGCACAAAUGCAGGAGGAGGAGGUGUUAGCGGCUAUCCGACCUGCGGUGAAGUGUGCGCGAUGUCACGAAGAAUGCGCGGAGUCGUGCACUGCACCUGGGCCGGAUCAGUGUCUGGGCGAAUGUAAGCAUUUCAAGUCAGGAGACACUUGUGUCAAGCGCUGCUCGAAGGAGCAGUACGCUGAGGAGAAGCAGAAGCUCUGUCAACCCUGCAGCUCCAAGUGUUUAGCGUCUCUGAAGUCCAAAUUCCCUCCAGAUGACAUCUCCGCGUGCUCUGGACCCGGCGAUUACCUCGGACUUGGGGGAUGUGCUUUCUGCUACUUUGUGAAAAAAGACAAAGCCACCUCCAAGUACCAGUGCCUGGAUAUGAAAUGUCCACCCAAACACUUCGGCAACGCGACAUCUUUGACGUAUCUGAACUUGAAGAAAGAGGAAUUUCCCUUGGUCAGUAUGCGGGCAGCAAACGCGGAUCUUCAGGAAUGCGUUCCCUGCCAUCCUGAAUGCGAGGUUUGUGUCGGUCCAGGAAAUCACGUCUCCGUUUGUCGAAAAUGUCGAAAUUGGAUGUACCGGUCGGAGUGUGUCAAUGCCUGUCCUCCUGACGACACCUAUGUGCCGAAUGCAACGGCAACAGAACACCUCUCAGAGAGGGAAAAACAGAUGUUGGAGAGGCGGGAAUGCCUACGAUGUCAUGAGCAAUGUGCUGGAGGGUGUACGGCCUACGGACCGGAGUUCUGCAACAACUGUCGCUAUGCCAAAAUCAUGAUUGAUGUGCAGGCGAAUAAGUUUAUCUGCAACUCAACAUGCCCACCAGAGCUCUACAAAAUGGAAAACACCAAUCUCUGCCUGGACGAGGAGCAGUACGAAAAAAUGUCGGGUGCAAAAAUGGCGCGUGCCCGAAAUCAGGCCCUCAUAGCGGCUGGAAUUGUCCUCCUCUUUCUCCUCAUCUUCUCUCUCGUACUUGCUGUUCUCUGCUUCAAUUACAAGGCCAAACGCAGUCGUAUUAAGGAAGCCUUAAAAUCUACCUACACUAAUAUCAAAGCACCGGAUAUGAAGGACGCAAAAUCAAGCAGGGAACCAAAUAUGGGCCGUUGGGAGAUGAUCAACAUUGAUGACUUGACUUUCGACGAUGCCAACAAUCCCAUCGGCAGAGGGGCAUUUGGUGAGGUGUAUCGAGGCAAGUGGCGAGUACCGAAGCGAGUGUUGAAUCAGUUCAAUUGGGCACGGAACACUUCGCUGGAUGUGGCUAUCAAAGUGAUUAGAUCAGCUGCACCCACAGCUCAAGGUGGUGCUGCGUCAAAUCUCGGUGCCUCUGGAUUAGACAGCAAUGUCAGCACCGUUGCAAGCUCUCAGCUGGGCGCCAACACCAUUGAUCGCAUCUCCGCUAGAAGUAAUCUCCAGGAUAUGCUCACGGAAGCCAAGGUAAUGGCCUCGGUGCAGCAUAAGAAUUGUCUGCCCCUCAUUGGUGUCUGUUUGACCCGGAAAAUGCAAUGCAUGGUGUCGAUGUUUGUGGAGGAGGGCAGUCUGGAUCGUUACCUACGCCUCCACAAGGACGACUUGAAUAGUUUCACCUUGCUUUCAUGGGCGGAACAGAUUGCUGACGGGAUGGCCUACUUAGAGGAACGUGGGAUUAUUCAUCGGUGA